CGUCCGCACAAUUUGUAGGGAUGAAGUGGCAGGGUUUUAUUAACUUUUGAUAAUCUCCCUCUAUAGUAGCUGUGCUUCCUCACUCUAUUUCCUAACUUUCUUCCGCACUUGGAGUAUCGCAGCGAAAUCACCCGAUAAAGGCCAUCGAAAGAGAAAGAAAGCAAACGAAAAAAAGAAAGAGAAUAUGGAGCAGUAUGAUCCGUACCCGCCUCAAGGAGAUGCAAAUGAAAGGGCGCCCUCCCCAAUGCGAGUUGAAAGAGUUAUUAGUGGUGCAGGAUCAGUUGCUUCAAACGCUUCGACUGGCUCUCGACUACGUGAACGAAUUCGCAGGGAUAUGGAAUGGGGGUCAAAGCUACACUGGUUCCUUCCGAGUGCGAUGAUAGGAUUAUUCAUCUUGGGACUGUUGGGAGCAUUGCUGCAUCACUGGUUCUAUGUUUCGUUGCACGGAAAAGGUGCGAAGGAUCAAUUGAUAAUGGUCCGGUUUGGGACAGCGUUUGCGUUUUUCACGAAGGCUGCGUUGGUCGGGAGCAUCGUUUUGGCAUAUAGGCAACGGAUUUGGUACACGCUAAGAACCAAACCUAUUACAGUAAAGGGGAUCGAUAAUUUAUUUGCGUUGACGGAGGAUCCCACAGGCUUCUAUUCCAAGGAUGGUGCAACCAGAGCGAAAGUUGCAACACUCAUGGCACUGGCGACGUGGGUUAUACCCCUCGCCGCUGUCUUGUCCCCUGGUGCGCUCACGGCGCAACUAUCUCGUGUGGAAUCUACUGCUGAUUGCACUGUACCGGCUGUCAACACCUCGGCGCAAAAUGAUGCCGUUCAGGAUCAACCCAAAUACGGGGUUUUAGGGUACGAUCUAGUGUACUUCAAUAACUCCGACCCCCCAGGUCAUGACCAAUACUUCGGUGGUACCGGCUACCUAUUUACCGAAGCAACUAAUUUUGCAUUCACUUUGAAAAAACCUCGUGAUAUCUCCUCUCCUUGCAAAGGGUAUAAUUGUACUUGGAACGCCGUUUUCGACGCGCCAUGGUAUGAAUGCCAUGAGAAAAGCGUCAGCGAGGCGAGGAAUGCUUUUGACACGAUGGACUGGGUCGACAUAGAAAGCCGACACUGGGCGCCCCGGAGCCAAGUAACAUUAGUCGCCGUGUGGGACGGAGAGGAGUAUGCUUCACAGCAACCACUAUGGAACGGCUCGGACAAUAUGCAGGGCUAUUUCACGGGGGAACCGACCAUAAGAGUCGGGUACGUGGUCGACACCGGGAUCCCCGUGGUGGAAGGGUCUGUGGACUCAGACAGCGGCCUCUGGAAAACCGUCUUGGAACCUCACUGGUUAAGUUGCGAUCUGUUCAAGGCGUCCUGGAAUGUAACCUUCAACUUCACCGGGACUCCAUCCGCUAGAGUCAAAACUUCGAAUAGAAGGCGCUUAUUCGAACCACCAAAAAUGGGCCCUACACAUCCAAACUAUCGCGAGAAUGCAUUGUACUAUUCUUUCGGAAAGCUCGUCCGGGAAAAACUGAGGGGGGGCUUAGGUGUUAGGAACGGGACCUCAGACACAAGGCGAAUCUCGAGCUACAACCCUCUGGUCAACGUGACCACGCGUAUGGCAAUAAACGAUGUCAAAGGCGGAGUCGAAAAGCUAGUCAUAGACCUGGGUUUAACCCUCCUCACCUUUCCAUACCUCGAUAUCGCCGUGAAUACAUCUGUCGGAUGCACGAAAUGGCGCUAUGAGAACCGCUUCCAUUAUUCUCCUCAGGGCCUCUGGAUCGGGUACACUCUUAGUGUCAUUGCAACUCUGGCAUCUGUGCUCGUCGGUAUGCACUCUAUUUACGUUAACGGGAUUACUUCCGAUACCCUGUUUUCGAAGAUUCUUGUGACAACAAGGAAUCCGACGCUGGAUAAGCUUGUUAGAGAACACGAAGGGGUCUGUCUCGGAGGUGGCCCAUUCCCGGAGAAGUUGGAGAAUACGAGGUUGUUGUUUGGAAUUAUUGAUAACGGGUCGCAUACGGCUUUUGGAAUUGUUGAUGAGACGACAGUCAUGCUUGAUCCCGUGGGGUAUAGGGGCUUGAUUAAUCCUAGGUGGGGGCAUUCUACGGGCCCAUAGGGUUGGAGGGUAUAGGGGGUAGGGGGUUGUACUAUAUAGGAUUGCGUAUGAUGGAUGGGCGUGAGACUAGUUAUAGAGGGGAGGGCAUUGUGUUUUGAUCUUUCCUUCCUUCUUCCUUUGAUUUCCCCUCUAUUUUUAUCCGAUUUUCUUU